CUAGGUGGGAAGAGCUCAUGGUGAUCAGCAGAUCCUGCCCCAGCUGAGAGGAGCUGCAGAGAAGCUCUCUAAGGGCACAUCUCUUACCUGUAUGUGCAGCAGGCUGACAGCUGAUGUAGAGUUUAAUUACUGCACUGAGCUCUUCUGGCUCUUCUUCGUGUUCACAGGGGCUUUUGUUUACUGGAAAAGGGAUCUGGGAAUUUUUCCUACCGUUCUCAGGCCAGGCUCCUCUUUCCUCUGCACUCCUGGCCCAUACUGCUGCUAGGUGUGUACUACUGUAACACAAAAUUAUACAGGAAUCCUUUAGGGAGGAAACCAGGGGGUCUUUUAUCUUCCAUACCUGUUUCUUCAUCCCUAAGACCAGGCUUAUUUUCCUCCCAGGGGAGGUUUGUCCCCUGUUUGGUAACUACCAAGGUUUUCCCCGGCAGGUGCUACAGAAGGCAGAACACCACUUUCCAGGUCUCACCUUCGGUGGGAAUUGACCUGCAGAGCUGCAGCUGCAUUAGAAAUUCUGGGUUAUAUUGGGUUAUAUUCUGGGUUAUACAAGUCUGAUGUCCCCAGGGCCUCCUCUGGCCACAAGCUGCUUCAUUUGAGUCACUUAAUUCAGCUUAAGCCUGGCUUUUGCAAAACCAUAAUGAUCCCAGCUGAAAUAAAUACUCAAACUCUGCACUGGCUUAAUUCCAUUAAAGCACUACCCAGAUCCUUUUGUAACCUGGCCCUUAAAGUUCACCUAAAUAAAGGAAAUGGGCUAAUUGCUUUCAAAAUGCCAUUCUGAAAGUGACCAGACAGGACUGAUCCUUGCAGAGCGACUGCAGGUGCUGACAGAGCACGGUGCAACCCUUGCUCAGUGAGGAGCCCCAGGCUCACGGCCCCAGAGCGAGGUUCCCAGGCCGUGGCCCUGGCCCAGGACACCAGCUGGCUUUCAUAAGCGCCGUGGAGCUGGGAGCAGGCAGUUACACAAGCGUCUCCCGGCCGUGCCUGCGGUGUCACGGCAGGACAGACCCGAGCAGGGCUCACGCAAGCCGUCCCUGCCGCGGGACGCUGCGGCUCGGGGCGGGGAUUAGAGCUCAGCUGGCUCCCUCCCCGCAAAACAGACACGUAUUGCAACUUGGACACGGUUCUCUCCAACUGAAGUAACUUAACAGUUCAUUUUCAGAGUAAUCGGUGCAGCCUCACCAGCCUGCCAAGGCCAGCGGGACUGCGAGGAUGUGAACUGGGGACAGAAAGGUUCCCGGUGUUGGGACAGCGCAGGCGGCCAGCGGGCCGUGACUCAGCACAAAGAGCCAGCCAGGUCCUCAGCAGUGCUGAGCUCGGGAUAAACAAACUCACCCUUUCACCCUGACCUCUUUAGCAAAUGAAGAGACCCAAAAAAUCGAGGCCAAGGCACUUAACCAUCUUUCACUGGUCCCUCUUGACCCCACCCCAGCUGAAAAAACAUCAUUCCUGUCUCUUUUCAGCUGGGCAGAAGCCACGCAAAACCCAACACCUAAACCAGAAGAUACAAGACCCAAUACACCUAAGGACAGAUAUAUUUUUAAUUAAUCAUUUUUCCAUUUCUAAAUUACCAGCUGCAAGAGGCUUUCAGAUCGCUUAAAGCCCAUGUCUCUAAAGAUGCAGAGCUGACUCAUCGGGGAGGCACAGGAUGUGUUCACUUAGGGGACCUUGUGGGAAUUACCGGGCUCCUGGGCUCACAUCACUUAAAGCCAAGAUUCCCUUGGAGCUGGUGUCAUGGAAGGGCAGUUCCGGCACUAGCUUCCCCCUUCACUGACAUUUCUCAGAGAUGCCAGGAGCCAGGAGAGAUUUUAUUCCUGGAGGACAGCAGCCACCAGAGCUCUGCCAGCUCUGCAAAGGGACAGGGAACAUGUCUGUGGGUGAAACAGGCUGCAUUCCAAACACCCCCGGGACUGCAAACUGAGCCCCGAACUGCUCCUGUUCAACAGGCAGCGGCUGCUGUGGCACCUGCACAUCACCUGUCCUUGAGUACUCCGUCCUUCCCACAGGAUGGCACUCACCGGGGAGCAAAGAGGGCUGCGGGCACCAGCGUGGGAUUUAUCCUCGAGUUUGUCGGCAAGAGUUCAGCCGGCUCUGAGGCAGGGAUUGCAUCAUGCAGCACCACAGCAGGUCCUGCAGUGAUGUUGUCACGCAAACGAGUCACCAGGAACUCUGGCCUGCGGGAUUUUCCUGAAGGACGCUGAAGCUGGAGCUGCCGUCUCAUCCCAGCCGUGCACCCCCAGUUCUGCUGCCUGCGGGGGCUGUCGGGGCCGGGUCAGAGCCCGCGGUGCCGGGGGUCCGAGCGGGUUUCGGAGGGGCUUCGGGAGCCAUCUGCUGUCAUCAGCCCAGAUUACAGCGAGGGGCACCAGAAAGGCUCCGCUCCCUCCCACCCGCGCACGGACGAGCUUGAGCCACCUUCCCGGGAUGGCUGAGGUUGGAAAAGACCUCCCAGAUCAUCGAGUCCAACCUGUGACCGAUCCCCACCUUGUCAACCAGUCCAGAGCACUGAGUGCCAUGUAGUGUCAUUCCUUGGACACCUCCAGGGAUGGGGACUCCACCACCUCCCUGGGCAGCCACUGCCAAUGUCUAAUCACCCUUUCAGUGAAGAAACUCCUCCCGAGAAAAUACCCAAAUUUAACUACAAGCAGAAAUAAGAGCCCCUCAGGGAGAUCACCACCUCACCCAGAAGGACUCGGGGUUCUCCAUAGGGAACACAGUGCUUCCAACACAUGGAAUGACUGCACUGGAGGGUCUGCACUGAGCAGAGAUGGCAUUCCAGCCCCCCCAAACCCAUCGGGCAUUAAUCCCAGCUCUCACAGGCCCAGGUGGAAGCAGCAGGGCACUCGCCCCCCUGCUCGGAGCUGCAGGGAGCGUGGCAGGGGACGGGGAAGUGCUGCGUGCUCGCAGUGCUUUGGGAACUGUGAGGCUUUGUUCCUCUGCAGGCAGCAGAGUGGCACAGGGCCUGGCAUGGCACCGUGCCCGUGUCCCAGCCUGCCGCUGACCCUGGCGUGACGAGUGUGCGAGCCACACCAGAGUGUGCAACCCCGGUGGGCUCAGGAUGGGGAGGGUGAGAGCCCCAGGGCUUCAGCACGGCGCGUGUGCAAGGCACAGCCUGCCAGCAAGGAGCGUGAGUGUGCAAGGUGAACCCCUCUGCCAGCACCGUGAGCGUGCAGGGCACGUCCUUCUCCAGCACGGGGGACAGUGCCAUGGCUGAGAAGAUGCCACCGAGCCCCGGCGGGGGCAUCACGCCGCUGCAGCAGAUGCUGGCCUCAGGGACAGGUGCCAUCCUCACCUCCCUCUUCGUGACGCCGCUGGACGUGGUGAAGAUCCGGCUGCAGGCCCAGAGGACCCCCUUCUCCAAAGGGAAGUGUUUCCUCUACUGCAACGGGCUCAUGGACCACCUGUACGUCUGCCAGAACGGCAACGGCUGCACCGCCUGGUACAAGGCCCCCGGCCACUUCACUGGCACGCUGGAUGCCUUUGUGAAGAUCACACGCUAUGAGGGCAUCAGAUCUCUGUGGAGCGGCUUGCCCCCCACCCUGGUCAUGGCCGUGCCAGCCACCGUCAUUUACUUCACCACCUAUGACCAGCUCCGGGACUACCUGCACGCCCGGAUGGGGAGCUGGAACCACUACAUCCCUUUGCUGGCUGGGGCCCUUGCCAGGCUGGGUGCUGUGACAGUCAUCAGCCCCCUGGAGCUGAUCCGCACCAAGAUGCAGUCCCAGCAGCUCAGCUACCGCGAGCUGCGCGUCUGCAUCCAGUCAGCAGUGGCCCAGGACGGCUGGCUGUCCCUCUGGAGAGGCUGGGGACCCACCGUGCUGCGGGACGUUCCCUUCUCGGCUCUGUACUGGUUUAACUACGAGCUGGUGAGGACGUGGCUCUGCAGGCAGGCCUGGCUGGACGGGGCCACGUUCAUGGUCAGCUUCACAUCCGGGGCCAUCUCUGGCACGGUGGCCGCGGUGCUGACGCUGCCCUUCGACGUGGUCAAAACCCAGCGGCAGAUUGAGCUGGGAGACAGUGAGGUGCACCCAGUCACAGCCUCCAAGCCUUCCUCCACCUGGCUGCUCAUGCAGCGGAUCCGCGCCGAGUCUGGCACGCGGGGGCUGUUUGCAGGGUUCCUGCCCCGCGUCAUCAAGGUGGCACCUGCCUGCGCCAUCAUGAUCAGCACCUAUGAAUUUGGCAAGAGCUUCUUCCAGAAGCUGAACCAGGAGCAGCAGCUGCGGGGAUUGUGAGCGGGCCUGGGGCAGGGCUGGACGUGGCCGUGCCCAGGGGACAGUGCCAGCCCUGCUCCUGCCAGGUGUCCCAGGAGCGGCGAUCCGCACUCGGCUGUGCAGAGCCCAAGUGCCUUCGUUCCUGCUCUGCCUCCCGCUGCCCGCACACGGAGCCAGGGCCAGCCUGGCCCCACUCCCUGUCCCAGCCACUCUGGGGGACAUCUGUGCCUGCUGCUGUGACACUGGGGGGGAUACAGAGCCCCCCGCACCCAUCCCUUGGGGCUGGACAGAUGCUGCUGUUGGAUUCAUGGACACUCUCGCAAGGAUGGGGUGUCCCAGGAGACUUGGCCUGGCAGGAGAUGGAGCUGGGGCUCUGGCAAGGACCAAACCCCAGACCUCGGGGGCUUCUCUGCCUGCCUGGGCCCCCCAGCCCUUCUCUGUCUGGGGAUCUGCCCCCCGACCAUCACUCACACACAGCCUCGCCUUGCUGGCUCUGCAUGGCAUGGGGACACGUCAGGACCCUCUCCCCGCCUCUGGACCUCUCCUCCCACUCGGGAUGUCACCAUCCCCGUCAGACCCUGCGUUGGACAGACCCUGUGUGGGGUCAGACCUCACUGCUGCUCUGGGGGGCCACUGUGGCACCCCUGCCCCAUCCUUUCACUGCAGGGGCCUGCCCCAGCUCUGCGGGCACUGCCCCCGUUACCCUGGGACUCAUGGAGGGAAUUUCUCCUAAUUUCUUAAAUAAAAUAAUUGUCUCUUA